UGGAAAAAGUCUUUAUUUCAUUUAUAUCGAUUUCAAGAAUUUGUUUCUUAUUUUUAUUCUGUUAAAUAGAUAGCUGAUAUGGCUGUUUUAUCCAUUUGUCCUGCACCUUUCUAAAUUUAUUCGAAUGGCGAACGAUAUGUUAACCAGCUUCGGUCGACCCAGAAGGUUUCACAAUCUAAUGAGUGCAGAUCCACCUGGGACCAGGUUUCCCUCAGCUGGCAUCACGCCUGGCUCCUCGGUGCUGGGCAUUCGAUUUGAUGGCGGCAUUUUGGUGUCCGCCGAUACGCUGGUCACCUAUGGCAACCUAGCUCGGUACCAGAACGUCGAUCGAGUGAUCAAGAUCAGCGACAGUGUCUUGCUUGGAGGCGGCGGCGAUUUCGCCGAUAUACAGUCAAUUGUUCGAACCAUAGACCAGAAGAUUAUCAAUGAUCAUUGCCGGGACGACGGGGCGAGCAUAAAACCGAUUGCUUUGGUAAACUGGAUGACGCGGCUACUCUAUGGACGCCGAUCACUUAAGCAACCCCUCAAAGCCGAGAUAAUCGUUGCCGGCAUCGAAGACGGAUGCCGGCCUUAUUUGAGUGCUGUGGAUGCGCGUGGAUCCCCCUUCGAGAACUACGUUGCGGCAAGCGGCUUCGCACGCCUGAUUGCCGUGCCUCUUGUGCGCGAACGCAAGCCCAUAGACAGGGAUUUCAGCUUAAAGGAGGCAUCCACUUUGAUCCGCGAUUGCAUGAGAAUCCUUUAUUAUCGCGAUACGCGCAGCAUUGCUCAGUAUACGGUGGGUAUUUGUACGCCCGACAAUUGUAGCAUAAAGGGUCCCUUCAAAGCUGAAGAAAACUGGGCGAUUGCCGAUUACGUUUCGGGCUACUAGAUAUAUUAUAACAUUUUGUACUGUCCAGUCCUCAGAUCGGUAAACUAUACAGAAUAUAUUUUAGAUUUUAACACAGCAAUGCCAACUCA